AUUUGAGAAAUAUAUCGGACAUCCGGUAUGUACAUGUAACUCCCUCUGAAAAAGCAAAGAGAUGAUGCGAAACAACUGUAAUACAAAGAUGGUGGGUGCUGACAAUGAUAAUCAACGUCCGAAUGAAGUAGAUGUUAAAGGAAACAUGGAUAACGCUCAACAAAAUGGGGAAUUAGUUGCCACAGAGAACAACGAGGAACGAGAUGUAAACGCGGAAGUUAAUGAGCAAAGGAAGAAAUAUCAGCCUACACAUUUGGAAUCAUUUUUUGCUAUAACAAAAUCUUUAAUUAUACGUGCUCUUAUUAUUUAUUUUGUCAGUUAUUUGUUCAAACGAUCUCAGACUGACAAUAAUUCUCAAUCUCCCAAUAUUGUCAAUCCAGCACGUUCACAAGCUGUAAAUAUAUUUGAGAAUGGAACAUUGUUUGAUAUGCAUAUUUAUUUAUCAGAAUCUGAGAAUUUUAAAGAUUUUAAUGAUCCACAAUCAUUAGUAUGGAUAGAGCAAGGAUUAAUAUAUGGAGAUUGGUAUAGUGGGCCAGAUAAAGAUGGAUCAAGAGUUAGAGAACAUAAAUUUGUUCCAUCUGACAAAUUAAAAAAUAAUGGAUCUAUAUAUCUUCAUGUAUAUGUCACAAAAAGUGGAAAAUCUCCAAAUCCUAAAGCAGGAAAAAAUGUAUAUGCUGGGGAUUACAUGUCAUAUUCUAGAAAAAUGUUGAAUAAAUUUAAAAAAAUUAGAUAUCAAAAAAAACAUAAUUUGUUAACUGGUGAAACUACUGCAAGUAAAGAAGAAAUUAAGAAAGCGGAAACAAUGAAUCAGGAAUAUAUAUCACAUUGGCAUCCAAAUUUAACUAUCAAUUUAGUGACUGAUCAUACUAAUUGGGUAUAUGGUCAAGUACCACCACCUUUAGAUACUUACAUUUAUUUUUUACCUGGUGAAAAAUACUAUAAACCUGUAAUAUAUUUGAAUGAUUUUUGGAAUAUGCAAAGAGAUUAUCAACCUUUAAAUGAUAGCAUAAAAGAGCUCGAGCUUAAAUUAAGUUAUGCACCUCUUUCAUUAUUUAAAUGGCAAAUCUAUGCUGCACAAACUAUGAGAAACAAAUGGACAUCUUCAUUAAUGGGAGACUCAUCGGACGAGGAUGAUAAUGAUCAAGAUACUUUAAAAGAAACGUUAUUGGAAACCAACCCAUAUUUGUUGGGUUUAACCAUAAUUGUUUCAAUAUCACAUAGUGUGUUUGAAUUUUUGGCAUUUAAAAAUGAUAUUCAAUUUUGGAAUAAUCGUAAUUCUUUGGAAGGUCUAUCAGUUCGAUCCGUAUUUUUCAACGUGUUCCAAUCGCUUGUUAUUUUACUGUAUGUUCUUGAUAAUGAAACGAAUACGGUUGUACGGAUUAGUUGCGCAAUAAGUUUAUGCAUAGAAGUGUGGAAAAUUAAUAAGGUUGUAGAUAUUAGAAUUAAUAGGGGCGAAAAAAUGCUUGGUAUCCUUCCAAAAAUAAGUUUCCAUGAUAAAGGAUCAUAUGUAGAAUCUUCCACAAAAGAAUAUGAUAGAGUUGCAUUUCAGUAUUUAUCUUGGGUUCUUUAUCCUCUACUAGGAGGAUAUGCAAUUUAUUCGUUAAUGUAUUUAGAACACAAAGGAUGGUAUUCCUGGGUUCUUAGCAUGCUUUAUGGAUUUUUAUUGACAUUCGGUUUUAUCAUGAUGACGCCACAAUUAUUUAUUAAUUAUAAACUGAAAAGUGUUGCACAUCUUCCAUGGCGUAUGAUGUCUUACAAAUUCUUAAAUACAUUUAUCGAUGAUAUUUUUGCAUUUGUUAUAAAAAUGCCAACGCUAUACAGAAUUGGUUGCUUCCGUGAUGACAUUGUUUUCUUCAUAUUUUUGUACCAAAGAUGGAUAUAUAAAACCGAUCACUCUAGAGUAAACGAAUUCGGUUUCUCCGGCGAGAUGGAGGCUAAAAUGAUCAAUGACAAGAAACAAGAAUCUGUUAAAGAUCAACCAAAACUUGAAGCUGAUAAAAAAAAUGAGUAACAUUUAGUGUGCAAUAUUAGCCUUGAGUGUAUUAUUCGAAAUUUAUCUUAAAUUAAUAAAUUUAUUAGUACCAAAGGAUACAUCUAUGCAUCGAUAGGUACCUUUGCGAAUUUGAUAUAACUGAAUGUAUGUACAUGUUCUGUUGAGUUUGAAAUUUAGUUAAAUGAAAGAGCCUCGCACAGAUACAUACGACUUUCAAACGAGAACGUCGAUUUCCAUUGUACUAGGUAAAAUGACAGCAAAAAAAUUAAGCAUAAUUAUAAAGAAUAAUGUAUAUUCUUUUAGAAAGUAGGUAUUCUUGUAAUUUUAUUCAAAUUUGUAUUCACUUUUUAUUCUUAUUUCAAAGUAUUGUAAUUAUUAUCUUUAAUCAAGACUCGUCAUCACCUUGACCAAGAUACUUAAGAAAUAUAAAGUUUAUUUUAAUGUUUAAAAAAAUAUUUCAUACAAAAAUUGU